CCUGCUUCUCCUCCUGAUGACUUGAUAUGUGAUUCUUAGAAACUUCCAUAGCCUUCUGGAAUAGAAACCACAGUCAGUACAGAGGGUGGAGAAUGCUAAGGUUCCUGUGAACCAACAGUGUCCCUGAAAGUGUUUUCCUUCUUGUGACUCCGGCGAGGCCUGGGAAUGCCAAGAAGCUGAAGAGAAAACCUGGCCCAACAGCCUCUUGUAGAAUUGCUCAAGUGGAUUUUUAGCACAAGCACAAAAAGGUAGAACCAGGCACAUCAAGAUUUCAAACAUAAAUAUCUGGGAGCAAUCAGAAGAGCAACAUGGGCGAAGUGGAAAAAAGGAUUAAAACUUGUAGAAUAAGAUGUUUUUCCAAGUUGAAGAUGUUUCUGGUGGCGAUAACAUGGGCAUUUAUAUCUAAAACUCUCUCUGGAUCUUAUAUGAACUCUAUGCUCACACAAAUAGAGAGACAAUUCAAUAUCCCGACAUCUCUUGUUGGAUUUAUUAAUGGGAGCUUUGAGAUUGGCAACCUUUUGUUGAUUAUAUUUGUGAGUUAUUUUGGAACUAAGCUGCAUAGACCGAUCAUAAUUGGUAUUGGAUGUGUGACCAUGGGAUUAGGGUGUUUCCUCAUAUCGCUGCCUCACUUCCUCAUGGACCGAUAUGAAUAUGAAUCUACAGUGUCAGUUUCAAGCAACAUGUCCUCAAACAGUUUCCUGUGUAUGGAAAAUCAAACCCAGGCUUUAAAACCAACCCAAGAUCCAGCAGAGUGUGUAAAAGAAGUGAAAUCACUGAUGUGGGUGUACGUACUGGUAGGAAAUAUGAUCCGUGGCAUAGGCGAAACUCCUAUCAUGCCUUUGGGUAUUUCCUACAUAGAAGAUUUUUCCAAACCUGAAAACUCCCCUUUAUAUAUUGGGUUUAUCGAAACAGGAACAAUCGUCGGCCCUUUGAUUGGACUUCUGUUGGCAUCAUUCUGCGCGAACAUCUACGUCGACACCGGAUCCGUAAGCACAGAUGAGCUGACCAUCAUGCCCACUGACACGCGGUGGGUUGGAGCGUGGUGGAUUGGCUUUCUGAUCUGUGCGGGAGCGAAUGUCCUCACUGGCAUUCCUUUUUUCUUUCUGCCUAAAACGCCUCCAAAGGAAGGACUAGAGGAUCAUGCUGAUGUCAUUAAAAGUGAUAAAGAGAAACAGAGAGAAGGGGUCAAAAAGGCAGAGCGUGGGAUCACCAAAGAUUUUCUACCUUUCAUGAAAAGUCUCGCGUGCAAUCCAAUUUACAUGCUUUUUAUACUGAUAAGUGUCAUCCAGUUCAAUGCAUUUGUGAAUAUGUUUUCUUUCUUGCCCAAAUAUCUGGAACAGCAGUUUGGAAAAUCAACCUCAGAUGCAAUCUUCCUCAUUGGUAUUUAUAACUUACCUCCAAUAUGCGUCGGGUAUUUACUUGGUGGUUUAUUGAUGAAGAACUUCAAGAUUUCUGUUAAGAAAGCCGCCCACAUAGCAUGUUUCUUAUCUGUGUUCGAGUACCUUUUGUAUUUCUUGACUUUUACGAUGACGUGUGAUAACUCUCCAGUUGCUGGCUUAACUACCUCUUAUCAAGGAAUGCAACACCCUUUUCACGUGGGGAAUCACACCCUUGCCGACUGCAAUACUGGCUGCGACUGUGAGAUGAAAACAUGGGAUCCUGUGUGCGGGGACAAUGGCUUGUCAUACAUGUCUGCGUGUCUUGCUGGCUGCGAAAAGUCUGUGGGAACUGGAGUGCGUAUGGCGUUCCAAAACUGCAGCUGCGUGGGAACGUCAGGAAACGCGUCUGCAGUGCUCGGGCUGUGUGACAAAGGCCACGACUGCGCCAUGAUGUUGCAAUACUUCUUAAUCUUGUCCAUGAGCAGCAGUUUCAUUUACUCCUUAGCAGCCAUCCCUGGCUAUAUGGUUCUCCUGAGGUGUAUCAAAUCUGAGGAGAAGUCUCUUGGUGUGGGAGUACAUGCCUUUUGCACAAGAAUAUUUGCUGGCAUUCCGGCACCUAUUUAUUUUGGAGCUUUGGUAGACUCCACCUGUUUACACUGGGGAACUCUGAAAUGUGGCAAAAAAGGAGCAUGCAGAAUAUAUGAUUCAACCAACUUCAGGCGCAUCUACCUUGGGCUGCCCGCUGCACUAAGAGGCAUGAGCUUCCUUCCAGCCUUCCUGCUUCUGUUUCUUCUGAGGAACCGUCGUCUCCCCGGGGAAAACGAUCCUUCAGGAACUGAGCUUGCAGAGACAAAGGCCGCAGACAAGGCAGGCCAGUGCAAGGAUGCUCACGAAGAUGCUAAGGUUGUGAGCAGCGAGGAAUGGAAAACGAAACUGUAACGUCUUCUCCCCUCUGCCCGCCCGGGGCUGACGGCGGCACUGUGCACCUUCACGCUUUGCAAGCCCUAGUGGCUCUGCAGGGAGUUCUUUCUCGCCUUUGAGAACCAAAUACCUUUCAAACUGUCCUGGGCUGACGUCUAUUUAAUUCCACCGAAUUUGCGUUUCGAAGUUGGUUUUCUUUUUUUUUUUUUUUGUAAGAAAUGGAAAUUCAUCCUGUUAUGUGACGUUGAAAUAAUUUAUUCAAAUUUAUGACUUCCGUGUGAAAGCUACCGACAUCUUUUUUUUGGUCUGUUUAGGAGUUAGUAUUUCUUUUUUAAUGCUCCUUAUUCAUUGCAGUCAUAACUCAAUAGAGCUCUCAUUAAUGCGCCAAAUUUUGUUUUCAGUUUGCUCUUUCACAUGCUAUGCAGUUGUUUAUUUGGUCCAUAGUCCUGACAAAUGUAAUCAAAUUAUUAAAUAUUAUGUAGGAGA